AAACAAGGAGGUCAGAGGAGAGACAGAACCCACAGCAGCAGACGAGGAGAAACGAAGGAUGGGAGCGCAGGAGAAGAAGGAGGAGGUAGCAGCUCCUCCGGGGGGGAAGAAACAGAAAACCUCCAAAGAGGUUUAUUUCUCCGUCCUGCCGGACAGAUACGAACCUCUGAUCGAGGAGGUGGAGGAGGAGAGAGAGGAGACACCGGAGGAGAGGAGGAAGAGAAAGGAGGAGAAGAAGAGGAAGAAGAAGAAGAAGUAUAAAAAGUACAGAAAGAACAUUGGGAAGGCGCUGCGUUUCAGCUGGCGCUGUCUGAUGGCCGGGCUACAGAACAUGGCGUCCACCUACUCCACGCCUCUCUCAGCCAUGUCCACAGUGGUGACGGAGGUCAACCGAGCGUCUGGCAGCAAAGCAUGAUGGGAUUGAGUAUAGAGACUUUAAAGGAGGGCCCCAGACUUCUUUGGCCUCUGGUCCUGUUCCUGGAGUUUGGCUUUUGGUCAAAUAAUCUGAAGAAUAAAUGAAUUACAGAGUUUAUUUUGUUAUUUCACUGGUUAAACUGACUGUUUAAACUUAAACUGUUGUUUAUGAGGAUGAAGGAAUUAGUUUUGUUCAGAGGACAGAAUAUGGAGAAUUCUGCAAUAAUUAUACAGAUUUUACAACAUAUUCAAAGUUAACUUUGAACUCAACAUUCAAAGAAAAAAACCUUCAUGUACCUGUUAGAAAAACAGUUCUUAUACUUUCUACUGUUGGUGACAGUAACUCUUACAUAACUGUGUUUACCUGUAGUUUGUACAUUGUAUUGAUAAUCUGAGAUUUUGUGUCUGAAACACCUGUUUAAUAUUAUAUAUUAACAACAUAUACGAUGUAUCCAGUUAACUUUAAAUCUUGUUGUUUGUUUUUUCUGCAAAUGUAAAAAAUAUUCAUCCUUUAGUGGAUUUUAGAGAAUAAACUGAAUAUUAAAUUCA